GCAUACAUAAAUAAUGGGUCUGCAGAUGGCAGCCACUUUUGUUGCAGCCACCUUCCUUGUAGCGUUGCUUAUCUGGACACCAGCGACCGUUGAUGCAGUCCAUGCAAAUUUUUCGGAUUUUCCUUAUAUACAAUAUCUGACACAUCCACCGGAGAUUAUCAGGAAACCGCAGAAUCAGGGCGUUCGUGUUGGAGGCGUGGCCAGCUUCUAUUGUGCGGCACGCGGUGAUCCUCCACCAUCGAUAGUUUGGCGCAAAAACAGCAAAAAAGUUUCAGGCACUCAAUCGCGUUACACGGUGCUGGAGCAACCGGGCGGCGUUUCUAUCCUCCGAAUUGAGCCAGUUAGGGCGGGACGAGAUGAUGCGCCUUACGAGUGUGUGGCUGAGAACGGCGUGGGCGAUGCCGUAUCCGCAGAUGCAACUUUAACCAUCUAUGAAGGCGAUAAAACACCCGCAGGAUUUCCGGUUAUAACGCAGGGUCCAGGCACACGCGUCAUCGAAGUGGGUCACACGGUCCAAAUGCAAUGCAAAGCCAUUGGUAAUCCCACGCCCAACAUCUAUUGGAUCAAGAAUCAGACAAAGGUGGACAUGACCAAUCCCAGAUAUGUCAUAAAUAACGGCAUUCUUCAAAUCAACAACAGUCGAGAAGAGGAUCAGGGAAAGUAUGAAUGCGUUGCGGAGAAUUCCAUUGGAACGGAGCAUUCGAAGGCGACAAAUUUGUAUGUCAAGGUACGUCGCGUUCCACCGACUUUCUCACGUCCACCAGAGGCUAUUAAUGAGGUGAUGUUGGGGUCAAAUCUAAAUCUAUCCUGCAUUGCCGUUGGUUCACCUAUGCCGGCUGUAAGAUGGAUGAAAGGUGCACAUGAUCUGACGCCGGAGAAUGACAUACCGAUUGGACGGAAUGUGUUGCAGUUAAAUAAUAUACAGGAGAGUGCAAAUUUUACCUGCAUAGCUGCGUCUUCUCUCGGCCAAAUUGAAGCUGUAUCCAUGGUCAAAGUGCAAUCCCUACCGACGGCUCCGACGGAUGUGCAAAUCUCUGAGGUGACCGCCACAUCGGUGCGUCUGGAAUGGUCGUACAAGGGUCCCGAAGAUCUGCAAUACUAUGUCAUACAGUACAAACCAAAGAAUGCAAAUCAGGCCUUCAGCGAGAUAAGCGGCAUCAUAACCAUGUACUACGUGGUCCGUGCCCUGAGUCCCUACACUGAGUACGAGUUCUAUGUGAUUGCCGUGAACAAUAUUGGACGCGGUUCGCCUUCGGCACCGGCGACCUGUACCACCGGUGAGACAAGUGAUUUCUCAUUUGGUGGCACAAAAAUGGAAAGUGCACCACGUAAUGUGCAAGUGCGCCCUUUGAGCUCAUCCACGAUGAUUAUUACUUGGGAGCCACCAGAGACGCCCAAUGGACAAGUGACCGGCUACAAGGUGUACUACACGACCAAUUCGAAUCAACCGGAGGCCUCUUGGAAUUCUCGAAUGAUUGACAAUAGCGAAUUGACAACCGUAUCGGAGCUAACACCUCAUGCCAUUUACACGGUCCGUAUCCAGGCGUACACCUCAAUGGGAGCCGGUCCUAUGUCCACUCCGGUUCAGGUGAAGACACAGCAAGGUGUGCCAUCACAACCGAGCAAUUUCCGGGCCACUGAUAUCGGCGAGACCGCAGUCACAUUGCAAUGGUCCAAGCCGACGCAUUCCAGCGAGAAUAUUGUCCAUUAUGAGCUCUAUUGGAAUGAUACAUACGCCAAUCAGGAUCAUCACAAGCGCAUCUCGAACUCUGAGUCCUAUACGCUAGAUGGUUUGUAUCCUGAUACCCUUUACUAUAUAUGGCUGGCAGCACGUUCGCAGCGCGGCGAGGGCGCAACCACGCCCCCAAUACCAGUACGCACCAAGCAAUAUGUACCAGGUGCACCGCCACGUAAUAUCACGGCUAUUGCGAACAGCUCGACAACGAUCUCACUUAGCUGGCUGCCACCACCAGCGGAGCGCUCCAAUGGGCGCAUCAUAUACUAUAAGGUGCUGUUCGUGGAGGUGGGUCGCGAGGACGACGAGGCGUCCACACUCACAUUGAACAUGACCCAAAUAGUGCUCGAUGAAUUGAAACGCUGGACCGAGUACAAGAUCUGGGUACUCGCCGGCACCUCGGUGGGCGAUGGUCCGCGCUCCCAUCCUAUAAUAAUACGCACCCAAGAGGAUGUGCCUGGAGAUCCACAAGAUGUUAAGGCGACACCCUUAAAUUCCACCUCAAUACACGUCAGCUGGAAACCGCCACUGGAAAAGGAUCGUAAUGGCAUCAUACGCGGCUAUCACAUCCACGUUCAGGAAAUGCGAGAUGAGGGCAAGGGCUUUCUCAACGAGCCCUUCAAGUUCGAUGUGGUCGACACGCUUGAAUACAGUGUAACAGGGUUGCAACCCGAUACAAAGUAUUCCAUACAGGUGGCCGCUCUGACCCGAAAAGGUGAUGGUGAUCGCAGUGCGGCGGUGAUUGUGAAGACGCCCGGAGGUGUGCCUGUCCGUCCCACGGUAAGUCUGAAAAUCAUGGAACGUGAUCCCAUCGUGUCCAUUGAGCUGGAGUGGGAGCGUCCGGCACAAACGUACGGGGAAUUGCGGGGCUAUCGACUGCGCUGGGGCGUCAAGGAUCAGACCCUGAAGGAGGAAAUGUUAUCCGGACCGCAGAUGACCAAGAAGCGUUUCAAUGAUCUCGAGCGUGGUGUGGAGUAUGAAUUCCGUGUGGCGGGCAGCAAUCACAUUGGCAUUGGCCAGGAAACAGUGAAGAUCUUCCAAACGCCUGAGGGAACACCCGCCGGGCCACCGUCAAACAUAACCGUUCGCUUCCAGACACCCGAUGUGGUCUGUGUCACCUGGGAUCCCCCGAGUCGAGACAACCGCAAUGGCCUGAUCACACGCUACGAUGUGCAGUUCCACAAGAAGAUCGAUCACGGCCUGGGAUCCGAGCGUAACAUGACUCUGCGCAAGGCGGUUUUCACCAACCUGGAAGAGCACACGGAGUACAUUUUCCGUGUGCGUGCGUACACGAAACAGGGAGCAGGUCCAUUUAGCGAUAAGAUCAUUGUGGAGACCGAGCGAGACAUGGGACGUGCUCCAAUGUCGGUCCAAGCGGUGGCCACCUCCGAGCAGACAGCUGAAAUCUGGUGGGAACCGGUACCCAGUCGUGGCAAGCUCUUGGGCUACAAGAUCUUCUAUACCAUGACUGCCGUGGAGGAUCUGGAUGAUUGGCAAACAAAGACGGUGGGUCUGACCGAAUCGGCGGAUCUGGUGAAUUUGGAGAAGUUCGCUCAAUAUGCUGUGGCAAUUGCAGCGAGGUUCAAGAAUGGUCUGGGACGUCUCAGCGAGAAGGUGACGGUGCGCAUCAAGCCCGAGGAUGUGCCUCUCAAUUUGCGAGCCCAUGACGUCAGCACUCACUCGAUGACACUCUCCUGGUCACCACCUAUACGCCUUAAUCCGGUCAACUACAAGAUCAGCUUCGAUGCCAUGAAGGUAUUUGUGGAUUCCCAGGGAUUCUCUCAAACGCAGACGGUGCAGAAACGUGAAAUAAUCCUCAAACACUUUGUGAAGACGCACACGAUCAACGAGUUAAGUCCAUUCACCACCUACAAUGUGAAUGUGAGCGCCAUUCCCUCGGACUACUCGUACAGGCCGCCCACGAAGAUCACAGUGACCACACAAAUGGCGGCACCCCAGCCUAUGGUCAAGCCGGAUUUCUAUGGCGUGGUUAAUGGUGAGGAGAUCCUUGUUAUCUUGCCACAAGCAUCCGAGGAGUAUGGUCCAAUCUCGCACUACUAUCUGGUUGUGGUGCCGGAGGAUAAGUCCAAUCUGCACAAGAAUCCUGAUCAGUUCCUCACCGAUGAUCUGGUGCCUGGUCGUAAUAAGCCCGAGCGUCCCAAUGCUCCUUAUAUAGCCGCCAAGUUUCCCCAACGCUCCAUACCAUUUACCUUCCAUCUGGGAUCGGGAGAUGACUAUCACAACUUUACCAAUCGCAAGCUGGAGCGUGAGAAACGCUAUCGCAUCUUUGUGCGCGCCGUGGUGGAUACACCACAAAAGCACCUGUAUACCUCAAGUCCUUUCUCCGAGUUCCUCUCACUGGACAUGCGAGAGGCGCCGCCCGGCGAGCGACCACAUCGCCCCGAUCCCAACUGGCCAUCGGAGCCGGAGGUUUCGGUCAAUCGCAACAAGGAUGAGCCGGAGAUACUUUGGGUGGUGCUACCCCUCAUAGCCGCAUUUGUUGUCUCCACCACGUUGAUUGUGCUGUAUGUGGUGAGGCGUCGACGCCAGCCGUGCAAGACUCCCGAUCAGGCAGCUGUCACCCGACCCUUGAUGGCUGCCGAUCUGGGCGCCGGACCCACGCCAAGUGAUCCUGUGGACAUGCGAAGACUGAACUUUCAAACACCCGGCAUGAUCUCACAUCCGCCCAUACCCAUUUCGGAAUUUGCCAAUCACAUUGAGCGACUCAAGUCCAAUGACAAUCAGAAGUUCUCGCAGGAAUACGAGAGUAUUGAACCCGGCCAGCAGUUUACCUGGGACAAUUCCAACUAUGAGCACAACAAGUCCAAGAAUCGCUAUGCCAAUGUCACCGCCUACGAUCACUCGCGAGUGCAGCUGCCGGCACAGGAGAAUGUCCUCGGCUCGGACUACAUCAAUGCCAACUACUGUGAUGGCUAUCGGAAGCACAAUGCCUAUGUGGCCACCCAGGGACCGCUGCAGGAGACCUUUGCGGAUUUCUGGCGCAUGUGCUGGGAGCUGAAGACGGCGACGAUUGUGAUGAUGACCCGACUGGAGGAGCGCACGAGGAUCAAAUGCGAUCAGUAUUGGCCCACGCGUGGUACUGAGACCUAUGGCCAGAUCUUUGUUACCAUCACCGAAACCCAGGAGCUGGCCACCUAUAGCAUUCGCACAUUCCAGCUGGUCCGUCAGGGUUUCAAUGAUCGUCGCGAGAUCAAGCAGUUGCAGUUUACCGCCUGGCCGGAUCAUGGUGUGCCCGAUCACCCGGCUCCCUUCCUUCAGUUCCUGCGCCGUUGUCGCGCCCUAACGCCACCCGAAUCCGGCCCAGUUGUGGUGCACUGUUCGGCGGGUGUGGGUCGUACCGGUUGCUAUAUUGUCAUUGACUCGAUGCUGGAACGCAUGAAGCAUGAGAAGAUCAUUGACAUCUAUGGCCAUGUGACGUGCCUGCGGGCCCAACGCAAUUACAUGGUGCAAACGGAGGAUCAGUACAUCUUCAUCCACGAUGCCCUACUGGAGGCCAUCAUAUGUGGCCUCACCGAAGUCGCCGCUCGCAAUUUGCAUACUCAUUUGCAAAAGCUGCUCACCACCGAACCGGGCGAGAGUAUUUCUGGCAUGGAGGUGGAGUUCAAGAAACUAUCCAAUGUUAAGAUGGACUCUUCCAAAUUUGUAACUGCCAAUUUGGCCUGCAACAAGCACAAGAACCGUUUGGUCCACAUUCUACCCUAUGAGUCGAGUCGUGUUUACCUCACGCCUAUACACGGCGUCGAGGGUAGCGACUAUGUCAAUGCCAGUUUCAUCGAUGGCUAUCGCUAUCGUUCGGCCUAUAUUGCCGCUCAGGGACCCGUUCAGGAUACCGCCGAGGACUUCUGGCGCAUGCUCUGGGAGCACAACUCCACCAUUGUUGUCAUGUUGACCAAACUCAAGGAAAUGGGCAGAGAAAAAUGCUUCCAAUACUGGCCACAUGAACGCUCCGUUCGCUAUCAGUAUUACGUUGUGGAUCCCAUUGCUGAGUACAAUAUGCCUCAAUACAAGCUGCGGGAGUUCAAGGUGACCGAUGCACGUGAUGGUUCCUCGCGCACCGUGCGUCAAUUCCAGUUCAUUGACUGGCCAGAACAGGGUGUUCCCAAAUCCGGUGAUGGCUUCAUCGAUUUCAUUGGUCAGGUGCACAAGACCAAGGAGCAAUUUGGCCAGGAUGGUCCCAUAACAGUGCACUGUUCGGCUGGUGUGGGACGCACUGGUGUCUUUAUCACGUUGAGCAUCGUCCUUGAACGCAUGCAAUACGAGGGCGUGCUGGAUGUGUUCCAAACUGUGCGAAUUCUGCGUUCCCAGCGUCCCGCCAUGGUGCAGACAGAGGAUCAAUAUCAUUUCUGCUAUCGCGCUGCUUUGGAGUAUUUGGGCUCGUUUGACAACUAUGCAAACUGAGGAUUAAUCCGAGUUGGAGCUGAAACUGGGGUCCAGCUGGCUACAGAGCAAAGACGUUGUCAGCUUUAAGUUGUGUUUAAAGUUGCAUGUUGCAUGUUCGUUUGCAAACUGUACGCAUAAUAUGCAUUUACGAGAUACAUAGGAUACACGGAUACCUUAACUUUAAAGUAUUAUAGCCAGAUACUGCCCACACAUAAUUACUUAACAACAUACAUACAUAUAUAUAUGUAUGGUAUUUAUAUUUAUUAUAUACGGAAUUUUGUAUUUUAUCCAAGUCUUUAUUUAUCUCAGCGUCCGUCUUUAUUCCUUUGCUUCGGUCUACUCUAUUGUACCUUUUUUCUAUUCUUUUAUCGUUUUUGACAUAAUUGUGAACUCAAUAAGACUGUUACACGUUUAAUUAUCAGUAAUUUACAUAUGCGAUAUACACAAUUACUCGUAUAUCCUCUUUAUACCGCCGUGUGUAUGUAUGUAUUCAUCUAUACAUAUAUAUGCACACAGUUUUUGCUCUAACUAAUCAAAGUAGUCAAUCAAUUUGUUGUUGUGUGGCAUCAACCGCACUGGAAACCUAUACAUAUUUUAACUAAGGACUUGGUAGCUAUUAGUCGUACCGCCUAAAAGAAUCUCGAAACAAACAAACAAAGUAACUCGAUGAUAUAUUGUAAUGAGGAGAUGGGAAAAGUAUUCAGUUUAUCACACAUAUACAUCCAUACAUAACAUAUGUAUAUGUGCUGUAUGUAUGUGUAUGCAAACAAUCAAUCAAAUAUAAUAUGUUAAUGUGUUUUUUAUACAAACUGAAAACUCCGCUUAAGUUAUAUUAUUAUAGGACCUGUUCCGAGUUACACUUUCGCAUCAAAUUCACUUAAACAAAUACAAAUAGAAUGAGGAGUUUUACUUUGAUUGAUAUGUCUUAUAUGUAAUUUGUGUGAUAUUGAUACGAAAGUGAAAUCGAGCAGCAGUCCGUUUACUUAUCUAAUAAAAAAAAAUGUAAAACCGUGCAAUUAGUCAAAAAGGCUUGCGUAGUGCAUACCAUAUAAGACAGUUAGUUUUAAUUAGUUAUUAGAUUUAGUUUACUGCUAUCAGUUAGUUUUAGUUAUUUCAAGACAUUCCCAUAGAAUGAUAGAAAAAUAUUCAUUUAAAGAGCUGUUCAAAUUUUGAAGCUCUUUGUCAUUUUAUCGCUUAAUCCUUCCAACAAUUAAAGAUUAUUGGGAACAUUACUUAAUUUUCCAACAAGCUUAGUUUAUCACAGAUGUUUGAAUGGCUUACUUUAUGGAACAGACUAUGUUCCGAAAUGUAUGCUGGAAUAACUCUCAAAGUGAAGUCCGGAUUCAAGCGUUAAGUUUUCAUUCCUGUAUAUACCAGAACCCCUACAGCUAAUUAGGAUCCUAAUGCUAGAAAAUUAUGGUACCUAAAGUGUAUGAAAAAGGCAGCAUAGAUAAUAAUAACCAAGCAGUUAGACAGAUCAAGCGACAAGUAAUAAGAUAACUGUAGAUAUGUAUUGUAGAAUAUAAAAUAUACAUACAACAAACAUUUAUACUUAUUAUUGUCUAAGAGAAAUAUAAUAAUGUACAUAACGAAAUGAUAUGAUAAAUGAUCGAAUUCGAUUGCCGAUUGAAGUAGUAUUUAUAAAAGACGUUAGCAAAGCGAUAACUAAAUUAUUAGCCCAGAACACAUGUUAAAAAACAAUAGUUAUAAUCCAUAUUUACUAUACAAACAUAAUUAGAUAUAGAUCACAUAUACAGAUAUACACAUACAUAUGUAAUUCUACUUGUUAGCGAGUUGCCCAGAGAAGAAUGGGAGGAAUGUUAGGAAAUAGUAAAUUGACAAGUUGGCAUUAUGCCAUGGACCCAGAAGGGGUGCAUUUGGAAAGAGUAUUGAAUAAUAAUGAAAUUAUAGCGAUAACGAUGGCAACUAUAGAUGUCUAGAAUAAUCAACGUUGCAAGCAUAUAUAAGUACAUAUAUAGCAAACUAAAUCAUAUAAAUACAUAUAAAAUUGCAGAUUAUUGUAUAAUACAUAAAUUUGUCGGCUUGUCAAAUUUUGUUAAUAUAUAUAAAUUGUUUAAUAUUACAUAUAUAUUUUAACAAUUAGUCAGAUAUUAACAAUUUUAAUGCUAAAUGCAAAAACCCUAAAAUAAUAAUCCAGCUGCAGAUUGAGCGAUUGUAUUUCAUAUAUGUAUUUAAGCAAAGAAAAUAUUACGUUAAACAUUAUCAUACGACUACAUGUAUCAGAUAUAUAUAUAUAUAUAUACAAGUAUUUAUAAUUUUGAGGAACCGAUCAACCAAUGAACAUCAAUAAUAAAAGGCGAAAUAAAAUACACAUUAUAUAAAA